CGUGAAGCCGAGCUGGACUGGCGGAAGUGACGUUAUAAACCUGCGCCGGGAGCUCUGGAGGGUCGGCCAGGGUCGCCGCGGCGGGGGCCAGGGCCGCCGGCCGUUAGACGAGGCCUCGGUAGGUGGUGUUGGCGUCAGCCGUGGCCCCAGGGCAGCGUCUUGGUGUGAAGAGAACCGAGAGCUGCAGGAGUUGCUAGUAGGUUGUGCUGGGGAUGCUCCUGGGAGAGACCAGCUGCUGAGGCAGCGCCAGUGCAGAGGCUGUCGACUUGCCCAGAAGAAAGGGAUCACCAUGGAUCAGAACAACAGCCUGCCGCCCUACGCUCAGGGCCUGGCCUCCCCGCAGGGCGCCAUGACUCCUGGAAUCCCUAUCUUUAGUCCGAUGAUGCCGUAUGGCACAGGGCUGACUCCACAGCCCAUUCAGAACACCAACAGUCUGUCCAUUCUGGAGGAGCAGCAACGGCAGCAGCAGCAGCAGCAGCAGCAGCAGCAGCAGCAGCAGCAGCAGGCAGCAGUGACGACAGUGACAGCCGCAGUGCAGCAGUCAACGUCCCAGCAGGCUCCUCAGGGGGCCUCAGGACAGACACCACAGCUCUUCCACUCACAGACUCUUACCACUGCACCCUUGCCGGGCACCACACCCCUGUACCCCUCGCCCAUGACCCCCAUGACCCCCAUCACGCCUGCCACGCCAGCCUCUGAGAGCUCGGGGAUUGUGCCACAGCUGCAAAAUAUUGUAUCCACAGUGAAUCUUGGUUGUAAACUUGACCUGAAGACCAUUGCACUUCGUGCCCGAAAUGCUGAAUAUAAUCCCAAGCGGUUUGCUGCGGUCAUCAUGAGAAUAAGGGAGCCCCGGACCACAGCCCUGAUCUUCAGUUCCGGGAAAAUGGUGUGCACGGGCGCCAAGAGUGAAGAGCAGUCCCGACUAGCAGCAAGAAAGUACGCCAGAGUUGUGCAGAAGUUGGGUUUCCCAGCCAAGUUUUUGGACUUUAAGAUUCAGAACAUGGUGGGGAGCUGCGAUGUGAAAUUCCCCAUAAGGUUAGAAGGCCUGGUGCUGACCCACCAACAGUUCAGUAGUUACGAGCCAGAGUUAUUUCCUGGUUUAAUCUACAGGAUGAUCAAACCCAGAAUUGUUCUUCUUAUUUUUGUUUCUGGAAAAGUUGUAUUAACAGGUGCUAAAGUCAGAGCAGAAAUUUAUGAAGCCUUUGAAAACAUCUACCCCAUCCUCAAGGGCUUCAGGAAGACAACGUAAUGGCUGGCCUGCCCUCCCACCCGCUUGUAAAAACACAUCCGUUUUGGUACAUUUAAGUGGUGGUGGUGUGGGUGGCCUGGGUCCGCGUGGGUUGCAGCCUGCAUGUACGCCUGGGCACACACCAGGUGUUACUGUAGUGCUGCCUGUCUAUUUAGAUUUAGAUUUUAAACUCUUACUGCUGUUGACAAGUUGGUUUAAGGGACAAAACUUUGGUGUUAAAGCCACCUCUACAAUUGACUGGACUUUUGUUUGCUUUAUUCCCCAUAAACCACAGUUUUUAUAUUUCUACCAGAAAAGUAAAAAUGUUUUUUACAAGUGUUGUUUUUCUAAUUUGUAAUCCUAGGGUUUAUUUUUGUGCCAGACACAUUCCGCCCUCUCAGUAUUGCAGGACAGAUGUAUUAAUGAACACAGAUGGCUGUAAAUAUUUCUCUCCUCAGUACUCUGUACAAUAAAUGCUGUUUAUAAAAGUGUUAGGUUGAUGUUA